AUGGCUCUCCACUUCAUCCUAUCCCUUUUUGGUGUUUUUGGUGCCGCCGCCAUAAUCCUCCUCCUCCUCCUCCUCCUCCUCCUUCUUCUUCUUCUUCUUCUUCUUCUUCUUCUUCAACGGCUUUUGUUCCAACUCCACUUAUGGACUUCUUUUCAAACUUUCUUUUCUGGGGCUUCUUCGAGAGGACUUCUCAAAACUUUCUCUGAAGAGGAAACUUGCCCUCUUGUUACCCAUGCAUCCUUCACUUAUGGGCAAACGAUGCCUGCCUUUUCAGCAGGGAGAGAGAAAACGAACCUCUUUUCUCUAAGCUUCUAUCUAUCUAUUUCAAUCUCAAUUAUCUAUUUAUCUAUCUCUGUUCAUAUAUCUCUCUAUCUCUUUUUAUCUAUCUAUUUUAAUCUCCAUCAUCUAUUUAUCUAUCUCUGUUCAUAUCUAUCUAUCUAUCUAUCUAUCUAUCUAUCUAUCUAUCUAUCUAUCUAUCUAUUGGGAUCAAAGGGUGAUCGGAAUCCGACAGGAGGAUAG